UCUGUUAACAUUUAAUCAUCUGAAAUAUAUCUGAAUACCUUUCAUUUGCUUUUAAGAAAAUACAAUCAAGUCUGUAUCAGGGUCAGCACAAAGGUUGUAUAGCCAGUGCAGAACGGCCGGACCCUACAAAAGCAGGGGCCCAUGUCUACACCUCUCCCUGCUCUUACACUUCAAGUCUCCGUAUGUGAUACAACAGAAGCAGGACAGCGCUGCCAAAGAGAUGGAGCAAUGUAUAGAGCAUUCAGUGCUUCCUAGUGAGGAUGGGAAGGUCCCUGUUCAUAAACUUAUGUUACUGGGGAGCAGCAAUGUUGGGAAGUCCAGUAUAACCCUCAGAUUUGUGAGAGAUGAAUUCAGAGACUGUGUUCCCACCACAGGAUGUGACUUCUUUUCCAAGAGAAUAUGUCUCUAUGGUAAAAAUUUAGACUUUGAGAUCUGGGACACAGCUGGACAGGAGAUAUAUCACAGUGUGUGCCACUUAUACUAUAGAGGGACCAGUGCUGCUAUGCUGGUUUAUGACACCACUCACCAGGAAUCCUUCUUCAGAGCACAGUUGUGGCUGCAAGAACUGCAGAAGUAUUUUUCCCCAGAAGAGUUGGUUAUUGCCCUCAUUGGAAAUAAAAGUGAUUUACAAGAAGAGAGAAAGGUUUCACAAGAGGAUGGAAAGACCUUUGCUGACAAAAAUAAGCUGCUGUUCGUGGAGACCUCUGCUCAGACAGGUGUUGGAGUGCAAGAAUCGUUUGAGGCCAUUGCUCGUGAGCUGAUGAUCCUGGAACUCCAAAAAAGGGAGAGGAAACACAGACUGGACAGAACAGUCACCAUGUUUGGGGCACAUAGGCCCCGUCAGAAAAUGAAGUGCUGCACCUCAUAGCAAGAAAUGAGAGAACAACACCAUAUAUUUACCUCACACAACUUCAUGAUUAUUAGUGGCACUGUGGCAAGGGAGCAGUUAGAUAUUGAGAUCCAUAGUAGAGGGUUGGCAGGUUUAGAAGAAGCAGUGUGGCAACAGUACAACACAAAAGGGGCAAUAAUUCAAGGCUAAACAGAGUAAUGUAAAAUUAAACAAUAUAUCUCAAAAGUGAAUAGGCACAGAGGGUCUAAAUCUGUCUUUGUUUUAUGCAAUUAUUUCUCUGGGAACACCAUAUAGUCUUAUUCACAUGACGCAAGAAAACUUAUUUAGCAAUAUCUUUUUAUUUUGAUUGGUAUAAAAAAUUCCAUUUUGCUGGGAGAAAAAUUAGACAGUUUUGUUUGCGCAAGAGACAUAAGUAUCCAAAUAAAAAUAUAUAAACCCAAUUUAGAUAAAAGUGGAGAAAGAUGUUUGUAGAGAGAAAAACAUGGAAAGAGAGGUUACGUAAAAUAUAAAUACAUAAAAUAAGUUACACAGAAUGGGAGGGGAAUGAGAAAAGAGAGGGAAAAUGCAAUACAAUUAGUUGUAUAAAAAAAAGAAAAGAAAAAUAUGCUAACUGUAAAAGAAAGGGAGAAGAACCAGAAAGUGAAUGAAAGAGAGAAAAGGAAAGGAAGAAUAUGAGGGGAAAACCUUUUGGCAAACAAAAAAACAGAAGAUGAAAGAAAAACGUGAUGGAUGAAAGUAAGAAUGUAUAGAAAAUGAAAUAGAAGAGGAAAAUAAUUAGGAUAGGAAUAACAUACAACUUGAAUUAUUGGAUUGCUAAAUGUCCACAUAUUUUUCAUUUAGCUUUGUAUUUGACUUUUUUUCUGUAAACCAAAGGUGAAUAUAUACUAUACAUAAAUAUGAUACAUAAAACUCUGGUAACCGAUACUCUGUAGAGAUUUAUGUGAUAUUGUCAAAUGAUAAUUUACAGUCAUUGUUGAUAUCAUGAGAGGGUUUUCAUGCACCACUCUCAAACUACUGCUGUGAUACUUUCCAGUGUUUGACAUAUUUAUGAUUCUUUAAUGUGAGUCUGUUAGAAAAGGUUUUCUUCCGUGUUAAAUAAUGUGAUACGCUGUUAACUACGAGUGUAGAGUAAAACAUGGCAUGGCUACUA